AUGGGAGCAAUUGUAUAUCAUUACUGGAAUAUUGCACCACUUGCACUCAAAACUCAUGCACUAAGUGCGAUCCUGAUUCAGCUAGAGCUGAGGGAAAUUUUUGCCAAACCUGCAAGGAUACCACUACUAAUGAACUUAAAAAUUAUCACUGUAAUUUCUACUUAGGUUGUGCCAAAGCCAACAAUUGUGCUGAAUGCUCGACAAAAAGCACUCAAUGUGAUUUAUGUCCGACUGGAUACUUCCUUAAUAAAGAUAGUGCGACUUCAACGUCUUGCAUUUGUAAGUGUUAUUUAGCUUGUACCGACUCCUGCACAAGUUGCAAGCCAGGUCCCAAUUGCUAUAAAUGUGCUAAUACAAUAA